CUUUCCGUCAAAAAUUCACGUCGCGUACACGUCGUGUCCGAUCGCACUGUUCCGAGAAAUCGAAGGAAAUCUGCUCAAAAUGGUAUUCGGAGAUGUUAAAACCGCAAACGGACUGAAGGAGUUCGACCAAUUCCUUGCUGAUCAUAGCUACGUCGAAGGAUAUACCCCGUCGAAGGCUGAUCUUUCUGUUUUCGAUGCCUUGGGCAAGGCUCCUGCCGCUACCUUCGUGCAUGCGCUGCGCUGGUAUAACCAUAUCGCCUCGUUCAACACCAAGGAGCGCUCGGAAUGGGGCGGUCAAGCGUUGCCGCAGGUUGCCGGUGGUAAACCGACUGCUGCAGCACCGGUCGGCGGUGACGAUGAUGAUGUUGACCUGUUCGGAUCGGAGGACGAGGAGGAGAGUGCCGAAGCAGCAAAGCUGAAGGAGGAACGUCUGGCCGCGUACAACGCGAAAAAGUCGAAGAAACCUGCCCUAAUCGCCAAGAGCUCCAUCCUGCUGGACGUGAAACCAUGGGAUGAUGAAACCGACAUGAAGGAAAUGGAGAAGAACGUCCGCAGCGUCGAGAUGGAUGGACUUUUGUGGGGAGCGGCCAAGCUCGUGCCGGUCGGUUAUGGCAUUCACAAGCUGCAGAUUUGCUGCGUUAUCGAAGACGACAAGGUUUCAGUCGAUUUGUUAACAGAGACGAUUCAGGAGUUCGAGGAUUACGUCCAGUCAGUCGAUAUUGCUGCAUUCAACAAAAUUUAAUUGUGAAUGCGAUAUACAUUGUUGUACUCUUGUUUCUUAAGUUUCUCCCGACUGUUCUUGAAAUGGCGAUAACAAUUAAAUAAAUCUUACCCAUUUUUCGACACU